CUGAAAAAGCAAUAUACGAUGAACAAAUUGGGACCCCGAUCCCACGCAUCCGUUCAGCACUUUUCCAAAUUCAAACUGGACUUCCAACCCCCGCUUUCCUUUCUUUUUUCUUUGCUUCUUCUCUCUUUUUUUUUGGCGUCUCUCUGAUCGUCGUUCGAACUAUCAUAUAUACAAAUAUCGUUCCUCUGCUUCCUAUGGAGUCAGAUCUGUCGCUGUCAGGUACAUCGUCUGCAAUAGACUCCGGAGUAGCUGAUCAGCGACCCUUCGCUCCUGCAUCACCCACCUAUUCUUCUUCUCCUCCUCCUUCUCACUAUCACUCUCAAUUUGAUACCGCAAGCUUGCACCAGGAAGCCGAUAUAAGCGACUCACCUACAUGGAACAACUCUUUACGAAAGCAAGCCUCCUCGUCUUUUCUUGCACCCACACCUAGUCGCCCGCUUUUUUCAACUUCACAACCAGACCUACUGGAAGAUACCGUGUCUGCCAUCGCACCUCUUCCUGCUUCAGCAUCCCCUUCGCAACGUACCUAUGGUGCUCCACUUGCCAGACCGACAUCUGCUUCUUCCGCUCCUGCUCGACCUUCACGCCAUCGUACAUCGGACGUCGACAUUACUGAAAACCAAAAAGACACCAUGCUUAAGCUAGAUCCGGAAGAGUUGAAGCGGUUCCGCAAGUGGAUAGUCGGUUUCUGUGUCGUCAACUUUGAUCUCGAGAUCGGACAAGCCAUGGAUUAUGUGUAUCCGCCUAUGGAAUUAACGGAAGCCGAGCAAAAAAACGUGUGCUUUUCGGCAUUUCCUGAUUCCAACGUAUUUGAAGUGGGAGAUCAGGUGUAUAACAUUCGCGUACGUGCCACGAGUUCCGAAUUUGCAGUAUCCGGACCUACGACGAACGCGGGGUUCCUCUACGGGUAUGUGUUUUUCAGACAAAAGAAAGAUCCAACGAUCCGGCGAGGAUAUUUUCAAAAAUCGCUGGUAUUACUGUCGCAACAUCCGUUUGUCGGAUUGUUCUCUCGCAUUGUGGCACUUUUGGGACCGGCCUUUUUCGAUACGGGUCAACCCAUGCUGGAAGCAGCAUGCAUGAAUAUAUGCAGUUGGGAUCCACCAGAGGAAGGCCAAAUGUUGGAUUUGCCGUUUCUUGGUCGGUUACUACAAGUGGAUUUACCGCAAUCGUUGCAACCUCAGCUUUUGGAAACCAGCCCAUUUGACAUGAAUCGCCACCAACCGGAUCUUCAGAUUAUGGCGUCGUUGCCGGUGGGUGCACUAUACCAUCACUUUAAAGAUAUUUUAAAGGAUUUGUGGUUAUUGUGGGAACUGGUGCUCCUUGGUGAACCUAUUGUCGUAAUGGCCCCGGAUCCUGGUGUGUGCAGCGAAGCCGUCAUUUGCCUAGUUGACUUGAUUGCUCCGAUACCCUAUUGUGGCGAUUACCGUCCUUAUUUCACCAUUCAAGACUCGGAUUUUAAAUCAUUUGUCACCAAAAACAAGCCUCCGUGCAACUUAAUACUGGGUGUCACAAAUCCUUUCUUUAAUACUGCCAUUGAGCACUGGCCGCAUAUUGUGCGCGUGGGACGGCAACAACUACGUAAACCAGAUGGCACUUUAAUCACUGCACAUAAUAACCAUAUGCAUUCUUCACGAAAGUCCAAAGCGGGCUUGGGGUCCAGAUCAAAUAUUAUUUUUGAUUUCGUCCAGGGUGUUACUUCAAAACGUAAAUCGGUAUUGAGCAAAGAUCGUGAAAUUUUGAGGAUGCUUACUGAAGCCGCGGUACGCGGACACCCUCCAGAUUGGCUGCUGAACAAUAUUCUCAGACGCCACUUUCUGGAUCUCACCGAGAAAUUUUUAGCUCCAUUGGAUCGUUACUUUAAUGAACUUAUUCCCAACAAAAGUAUUGUGCACAGUACCACUUACCCUCGCCGACUCAGACCCUUUCGCACCGACGAGUUCCUGAAAUCGCUCAAAGAACACGGUGCACCAUUACCCUUCAAAUCAACCUUUAAAACGCGCACUUCUACAGUGGAUCCCAUCAAAGAAUUUUACUCCCAAUUUCUGAAAUGUGGCAAUUUCGCCACUUGGCUGCAACAGCGGAUGACCGAAGCGGAGAAAACAAUCACACAUUGUGAUUAAACUCCCGCAAUGGCCCAAGAAGCCGCGCCAUUUUCUUUUCGGUUUUAUAUUGGCGACUGGUCACGGCUCUUUCGUUCCUCAAGGCAGCCUCCUGUUGGAAAAAAAAAAAAGGCCAGUGUUCCCGAUACCUUUAGUUGAGGGAAAGAAAAAACUGGCCAAGGAUCUGAUCAACUGGGGCUUCCGGUUUUUUUUUUUUCUUGGAUCCAUCCUAUAAGUUCCUUCGCAUGACAUUUUUUUUUUCCCUUCAGCCACCAAAUCUAGGUAAUUUUUUUUUCAUCUUCACAUCGUUUUGAACUAGAUUUCGGUUCCUUUUUGUUUUUCUUGUCAGCAUACCCCAUCUAAACUAAACUAAUAAUAAACUAUCAUAUUCACUGUUUGACUUGUCCUAUUUUUCGUUGUUUUCGAUUUUGUAUUCAGCGAAAAAAGUUUUUC